AUGUCGGCGAGAAGUUUGACUCAGGAGAACCCCUACUCCGAAAUCCUUGGACAGCCCUCCAUAUCACCCCAAAAUGGUGUCAUUUCACAGCGAGUCAAGCGUAAGAGACUUCGAGUUCCUGUGGCAUGUUUCAGUUGCAGAGCCCUCAAGACGAAAUGCGACGGCAACAAGCCAGUCUGUUCUACGUGUUCAUCCAAUGGCGGUGAUUGCCAGUAUAGCUCCAGCGGCAUCUCAACAAGUUCUGCCGUCGUAAUGGUUAACCAACAAUAUUUGCAUUCAUUAGAGGAGAGACUUGCCAAAUUAGAGCGAGGAACAACUCGAGAGUCAGUAGGAGACCACACCACAGUGUAUUCGGAACUGAGCGUGAUGCUCCCCACUCCUUCAAGUCGGUCAAUGAGUCUCUCCAAUUCGGAUGUUGCGUGCAGCAACCCGUCUGCUCACGCUCCUCUUAUAUCCAAUAUCAAUCUAAAUCUAACAAACACCUCAACCACGGACAGCCCUCUACUCGUAUCCGCUGAUCCAGAUGUCUUUAUGGGCGGAUUAUCCUUCACUCAACUGAUCCUAAACGCUAUGAACGGCCGCACCAUUGGCGUGCGAGCCCAGCCCUCCUACUCCAAUAGAGACGAGUCCAUUCCCUCGUCAGCACUCUUCCAACUCCCCAACGAAGCACGCGAUCUCGUCGACCAAUUCUUCAAGAUUAACCACACCUCUCGCCUAUAUUCCACGAGCCCACAAUCCGCGUCUCCUUCGAAGACGCCAUCAGCAGCCCCAUCUCAGAACGCCACCAUCAUCGCCACAGCCUCGCGCUCCUAA